CUCUCCCGCUCCAUCUCCACCGUCCACUGCCCAUCCACGCCCCGCCGCGCCCGCGCCCGCCCCCCGCAUGGCUUCCCACGCCGUCUCCCCCCUCAGCGGCGGCCUCCUCCGCCGCGGCGUCCCCCUCCACCACCGCCGCCGCCUCCUAGCCAUCGCCGCCGUCGCCCCGGAAGCGCCUGCGCCUACUCCCACGCCGUCCCAGCCGCCGCCAUCCCCGGCUUCGCCCCGCAAGGGCUACUUCCCGAAGCGCGGCGAGACCGUCGAGCUCACAUGCGAGGCGCUCGCCUUCAAGGGUAAGGGCGUAUGCAAGGUCGCCGGCUCUACCUUUGUCCUGCUCUGCGACGGCGCGCUCCCCGGCGAGCGCCUCCUCGCCCGCGUCCGCCGCCUCCGGCGCGGCGCCUUCGCGGAGGCCGCCAAGCUCAGGACCAUCGAGCCCCACCACGACGCCGUCGAGGCCCCGUGCCCCCUCGCCGCCGACUGUGGCGGCUGCAAGACCCAGUCCCUCGCGUACGCUGCGCAGAUCCACCACAAGCACCUUCAGGUCCGCGACUUGCUCGUAAACUUUGGCAAAUUCGAUCAGAAGUGCCUGGAGAGCUCGGAGCCAGAUGCUAUCCUUAAGCCCAUCGUGCCUUGCGAUGAGAUAUUUCGGUACAGGAACAAGAUGGAGUUCUCGUUCGGGACGAAGAGGUGGGUGCAAAAAGAGUUGAAGGAGAAGGAAGAUGAGGGAGAGAAGCAGGAAACGAGUGAGGCAGAUGGUUAUGCACUUGGAUUGCACGCACCAGGGUUCUUCGACAAGGUGCUGCAUGUGCAGAAAUGCUUUCUGCAGAGCGAGCCAGCAGACAAGGUUCUUGCAGUUGUUCAAGAAACCUGGAUGGAUCCUUCUCUUGGCCUUACACCCUAUGAUGUCCACAAGCAUGUUGGGUUUCUCAAGCAUCUUAUGAUAAGAACCGGAAGAAAUGUCAGUACUGGAGCUCCAGAAGUGAUGGUCAAUUUUGUGACAUCAUGUUAUAAACCAGAGCUACUGAUGCCUCUUGUUGACAAUAUCACAAAAAUACCUGAAGUGGUCAGUGUCAUAAAUAAUGUGAACACAUCUGUUGGCAAUACGUCUGUGGGUGAACAAGAAUAUACCUUGUAUGGGAAUCCAAACAUUACAGAGAUGUUGAGAGGACUUAUAUUCCAGAUAUCCGCCAACUCGUUUUUCCAGACUAAUACAAAACAGGCUGAUGUUCUCUACAAGCUUAUUGAAGAUUCUGCUGGGCUCAAAGGAGAUGGGUCUGAAAUUGUUCUUGACUUGUUUUGUGGAACUGGAACCAUUGGUUUGACCCUUGCCAGAAGGGCAAAGCAUGUAUACGGAUACGAAGUUGUUCCUGAAGCCAUUGCAGAUGCUCGAAAGAAUGCUAAGUUGAAUGGUAUCAGUAAUGCUACAUUUGUAAUGGGUGACCUCAAUAAAAUCAAUGAAACAUUCGGGAAGGAAUUUCCAAAGCCUGACAUAAUCAUCUCAGAUCCUAAUCGGCCAGGGAUGCACAUGAAGUUAAUCAAGUGGCUAUUAGAAGUUAAAGCCCCUCGAAUAGUUUACGUCUCAUGUAAUCCAGCUACUUGUGCACGGGAUUUGGACUACCUUUGUCACGGGGUGGAAGAAAAAGAUUUGAGAGGAUGCUACGAGCUGAAGAGUGUAAUACCUGUAGAUAUGUUUCCCCACACUCCUCAUAUCGAGUGUGUCUGCUUAUUGGAGCUGCGUUGAUUUUCAGUUUUGGUCAGCUAAACCCACUGGAAGUUUGUCUCGUGUCGCAGAGAGUGUUCAUACGUUCCGAUAGAGAGGGACUCAUUUGCUACGUACGGCAUGAAUAUCAUGGUGAUGUAUUUGAUAUACAUUUUCAAAUUUGGGUACAUUUCCAUGAUGCCCACGUGACUGAGGAGCCAGAUCUCUUAACUACUGUUUUUCCGGAGUAGCAGUUGGGAUAUUAACCACGUGUUUCACUUAAGCAAUUGGAAAGUUACCAGACAACUGAUCUGGCCCCACCUUGUGUUUUGUUGGAACACUAUUGAUGAGUAUGCCGUUUUGAUGAAUGACUUAUUUAUCUUACAGCCACGAUAUCUCAGGCAGAAGCUUGGUUCCCUCGAGAAAACAAACUGAAGAGAGGUGCCGGGGUUGGCAGGUUCAAUGCUGAUCGUUCACCCUUCAUUGGAUGGUCGUCAACGGUUGGAGAUGCCCUUGCUUCCUACAGAGAAUUGUAUGGAAGGCACAAGCCUUUUCUUUUCCGUAAUAAUGAACAAAUAGAAGAUGCAGAAACAACAUUUUGGAAACAAAAUUAACAAUCGUCAUCGAUAGUUGUGUGCGGUGAUACAAACAGUAUAAGUGGAUUCACUUGUCUGAUCUUUCCAAGUUGGUUCUAAAAUUGCUCCAAUCCUUGUUA